CCAGAAUCCUCUGAGGAGACCAAGCCUCCUCCUGCCCAAACCUUUAUGAUCCCCAAGAAGGAAAUCAACAUGGUUCCUGACAUGGCAAAGUGGAAACGGUCUCAGGCGUAUGCUGACUACAUGGGCUUCAUUCUCACGCUGAAUGAAGGAAUCAAGGGGAAGAAGUUGACUUGUGAAUAUAAAGUCUCGGAGCCCAUUGAAAAUCUGGUCACACUCCUCAACACGCUGGAUCAGUGGAUCGAUGAGACCCCCCCGGUGGACCAGCCGUCUCGCUUUGGGAACAAAGCUUUCCGGACGUGGUAUGCAAAGGUGGACCAGGGGGCAGAGACCUUGGUGGCAGCCGUGGUCCUCAAGCAGCAAGCUGAAGCUGUGCCCGAGGUGGCUGUGUACUUGAAAGAGUCUGUUGGCAACUCUACCCGCAUCGACUAUGGGACAGGCCACGAAGCGGCAUUUGCUGCCUUCCUUUGCUGCCUCUGCAAAAUCGGUGUCCUUCGGGUGGAUGACCAGUUGGCCAUUGUCUUCAAAGUAUUCAACAGGUACUUGGAAGUCAUGCGAAAACUCCAAAAAACCUAUCGAAUGGAGCCAGCUGGCAGCCAAGGGGUCUGGGGCUUGGAUGACUUUCAGUUUCUCCCCUUCAUCUGGGGCAGCUCCCAACUGAUUGAUCACCCAAACCUGGAGCCUCGGCAUUUUGUUGAUGAGAAGGUGGUGAACGAGCACCAUAAGGACUACAUGUUCCUCGAAUGUAUCCGCUUCAUCACAGAGGUGAGACUGGAAUUUUUCCUUGCUUCUACUCCUUUUGCAAUGCAGAUACCUUUGUGGAAGAGUACCAUCUACCUAUAACCCUUUCCCCAUCUU